AGUUCAACAUUCGCAAAGUUCAAACGCUUUUCGCUCUGUCUGGGUCAUCUCUGACCACUUGUUAUCAUCUAUCCGCUUGAGAGCAAAGAUUAUAUUCCCACACCACGGAUAUUUUUGUACCCAGUUUAUUUCCUUGUUGAUACCUCACCCCAAAGAGCACGGUGUUAAUGUUUCACGCGACAUAAAAGAGAGAGAAAGAGAGAAACACACACAUAAGAAAAUUUGAUAGAAAGUUUACAAAAGACCCUUUUAUAGAUGUGUUAUUGUUCCUUGUGCAAGAUAAUAAAUUUUCAUUGUAGUAGAAUGUAAGGUGAUUGCUUUCCCUCCAGUGAUGUUGGAAACUUUUAAUGGAUUCCGUGGAGGACAAUACAUGAUGUUCAGAUGACUGAAAGUGUCGUGGUGAAUCAUGCAAAUCAUUCCUCAGAUUUAUCACUCUAACUGAUCAGUGAAAUUCCGCGCAAUUUUCUUAUACGCCAGAAAUUGUUGAGAGUGUCUUGUCUAUAGAGUAGUUGUUUUUAUGUGUUUUCGAGAGUAGAUUUUAGAGAGGGAAAAAAAUGGUGAUGGCACAACAGAUGAAUAAGAGUAAUUUGAAGAGCAACAAACGUGAGACCGUCGUCGUCAAUACUCCAAUAAAGAAGGUUACACUAAUUGGAAAGGACGAGGAAUUGGUCGCCUCGUCGCCAGGUCGUCGGAAUUGGCGCGGUAUCUUCAUCGCCCUGCUGGUUAUUGCUGCCGUUCUGGGACUCAUCGUGUUCUCCAUUUUUCUACUUUCACCAGAGGAUGAAGGGAAUCGCAUCAAAGGGCACCAGAUUAGCAUAUCGGAUAUCUUAAGUGGUCGUCUCAAGUGGAGACCUUUCAAUGGGUCAUGGAUUAGUGACACGGAAUUGGUAUAUCGUGAUGUCGCCGGAGGAUUGUCCAUUCUCGACAUGGAGACCUUCUCUGUGCGGAGCCUCAUGACAAAUUCCUCAUUUAGACAGCUGGAUGCGAAGAAAUUCCUGGUAUCGCCGGACCUCAAUUACGUGCUUCUGUUGUCGGAUGAAACGUGGGAGGGCGCGAGGGUGCACGUGUUCGAGGUAGCAACUUCCAAUGCCUACCCACUAUCGCCGCGGGACGAGGCCAGGGACGCGCCCAGGCUGCAGCACAUCCUCUGGGCGCCGAGAGGACCUCCUCGAGCGACCCCCACGAACGCCUCGGCAGCUGAGAAUGCCAGCGCCAAGCCGCUGUCCGCAUCCCAGAUCAGCCAGGCCAUAGCUUUCGUUUUCGACAACGACUUGUACUACAAGCCCAAGGUUCAGGGUGACUUGGUGUGCCGCAUCACCACCACGGGCAAAAAGGGAGUCAUCUACAACGGCAUUCCCAACUGGCUGUACUCCAAUAUAUCAGAUCUGAAGAGUGACGCUGUCGCUUUCUCACCUGAUGGUCUCUACCUUUCGUUCCUCUCUUUCAACGACACGCAAGUCAAGGAAUAUCGAUACACUUAUGUUGGUGAGAGCUUUAGAUACCCUGAAGUCCGGUCGAUUCGCUACCCCAAAGCGAACACCGACAAUCCCGUUGUGACGGUUUAUGUGGUAAACCUGUCCGUGCUCAAGUUUAUCUUCCCUCAACCUGUACGCCUACCGAGCAAUGUUGCAGCCAACACAAGCUAUGUUGGAGGGAUGAAAUGGGCUUCAGCAACAGAUCUCUCAAUCACCUUUACGAAUAGGCAGCAAACCUAUGCCAUGACUGUCCUCUGCAGAGCCCCCAACUUCGUCUGCCGCGAAAUCUACACCGAGUUCAGCGUAGAGAACAUCACAGUCUUGCCCACGGAUCGCCCGAUCUACUCUCGGAUGCGAACCAAGUUCAAGCCAACUGCUGACACUCCGGUUUCGACUGCCAUUCCUGAGACAACGAGUCAAGCAGCAGAAGCGAACGCCACGGAUGCCAACAAGACAGACACUGCGAAGUUUGAGUUUGAAACCGGAGGAUAUGUUCUCAAGCGCCUGCCUGUUCGGGAUGGAGAGUAUGGACACUUCAGGCACGUGGUGUUCGUGUCCACGACUGAUGCCAGGACCAUUCCGCUCACGAUGGGUCGCUUCGAGGUCACUGAGAUUCUGGGUUGGGAUGAAGAUCGCGGACUGGUGUACUUCAUGGCGGCGCCCGAACAUUCCCCUGGCCAGAGGCAUCUCUACCGAAUUGACUUGAAGCUCAACUUCACAGAGCGACCCAACAGAGUCUACGUGACCACAUCCGCUCCGCUCUGCCUCACGUGCAUCAACACCAAAGCUACAUUCCAUCCGGACACGUUCAAGAUGUUCUCCGUAAAUGAUACAUUUGAUGAGGAGGAGUUCGAAGUUCCCAACAACUGUCUCUACAACAAAAUUUACUUGAGUAAAGACUUUACGUACUACAUUCAGGAGUGUCUCGGACCGGACUCUCCAUCGACCUACAUUGUGGACACUCGGUCGAAUCUCAAGGUUUUCAUCUUGCACGAUGGAUCUGAGCUUCGUGAGCGUCUCGAGGAGUUGGCUCUGCCCCAGAUUCGCACUCUUAGCGUGGAGAUGAAGGAUGGAUCCAUCGCUCAAGUGCGUCUAUUCAUUCCACCCGGCAUGCGCGAUGGCGAGGAAGUGGCUUUCCCGCUCAUUCUCCACGUGGACGCAGAACCAGGCAACCAGUUGGUCACUGAGGAGUACAGCGUGGAUUGGAAUUGGUAUCUGCCGAGCAAACUGCAGAUGAUCGUGGCUCAAAUCGACGGCAGAGGCAGUGGCUUCCGCGGGGAGAAGCUGAGAUCUGAGAUUAUAGGACACCUGGGAAACUACGAGGUGGACGAUCAAUUGGCAGUACUCAUGUACAUUCGAGACACAUUUCCCUUCAUCGACCGACGCAAGAUCUGCUCCUACGGCUGGGGCUAUGGCGGAUACGCCUCGGCCAGCGCUCUCCUGGAGGACUCCCAGCGAGUGCUGCAGUGCUCAGUCGCAGUGAAUCCCAUUGUGUCAUUUGCAUAUCACAAUUCAUACUUCACCGAGAGAUUCAUUCCACAGAAUGAGAACUACCUUCGAUCUCUGCAAGAGUCUGAUCUGAUGUCCAGGGUUCAGCACAUGGAGUCCAGAAACUUCCUUCUAAUCCACGGAACAGCGGACACACUCGUCCAUCAGCAGCACUCACUGAUCUUCGCCAGAGAGCUCAUAGAGCAGGGCAUUUCGUUCAGACAUCAGAUCUACACGGACGAGGAUCACGGUCUCGAUGGUGUGCUGUACCACGUUUAUAAGACAAUGGAGGAUUACUUCGACGAAAUGUUUGGACCACCGGAAAAGGAUGAAUGGGACCCAACCGGGCUCUUCACAUUCAAACAAUAAGUUUCCGUUUUGUCCUUCCACAUCAUUUUCGCCAGACUGUCGAUUAUUGUGAUUUUAGAUUAAUUUUCGAGUAUGAAUAAGACAAAAGCCAACACGACCAUUCAAACUUUUCACCUCUGUGUCUCGUGUGGAAAAGCCGAACAAGACAAGAGCGAACUUAAGCCAAGGGUAUUAAGCUUUUACAUGUCUCUUCACUUUGCAAAGUCUAUACAUAGGUUGCUCAGUCUAGCCCUCCGUCGUUCCGUAAAAAAGAGUUGAGGAAAUCCCAUGAAGUAUUUAGUGUUAAUGAGAUUAAAAAAAAAUAUAUGAGAAUUGUGUGCCUAAUUUACGUAAAAAAGAAUUAAGAUAAAUUUUUAACAUAAAACCAGAAAUGUGAAAUGAUAGUAGAUAUUCAACCUUAUGAUUGAGACAUUUUUACCAGGUUUUCCCCAGAAAUUAUUUCUCAGAAAUGUAUUUGAAGUGAGUGUCCGUUCCGCCAUAUCAAAUUGAUGAAGAUUGAGGCAUUGAAGAGGUGUUCUCUCAAUUAAAUCCAACCCUCGUGACAAGGAGGUGGCCGUAAAGCUGUUUAUAUGUUAAAUGUUACUUGAAGAAAUGGAAAAGGCAUCAAUAAAAUGUACAUAAAACCUUCAAUUCGGCUAGAUUUGGAUGCUGAGUGAGAGAGGAUAAAUUUGAGGACAGAGUGUAAAACCUAAAGCUAAGAGAAAAAAAAUACUUAUCGUCUGUUUAAUCAAGAG